CAGCCAAUGACUCCGCGGCGCUCCUCCGGGGGCCCUCAGUGUGCGUUUGAGGAGAACAAAAAAGAGAGAGAGCGCCGAUCGGGGGAGCGAGCGAGGGAGCCGAGCCCAGAGAAAGAGCCGCCGGGCGCUGCCUAGCCAAACCUCGCGGGGACCGCGGGGCCACCGGGAGGCACUUCGGUGGAGGGGGGAGGGGGCGACCUCGGCGGCCGCGGCGCCCGGAGCGACCCAGCGCAGCGUGGGGCGGGCUGCGACCUCUGCCUCGGUGGACUGCAUUUUUAAUUAAGGAUUCCCAGCAGCUCUUUGGGAUUUUUUUUUUUUUUCGGCUUCCACUCUCAUGUGUUGACACCCGCGUUCAGGAGAGACCUGCCCCAAAUGCACCGAGCUCCCGGGACCUGAGACGGACUUGCUCUUCGGAUCUGGGAGCUAUCCGCAAGCCCGAGUUUCGGAUCCUGCAGAGAGAGCCCAUGUAGCGUUAGCGCUUGACUUUUGAAGGCAGAGCGGUGCGGACGCCUUUGGGGGUACGACGCAGGCGCUUUGUGCUCGUGUACCAGCCGCGCAACUUUUGAAGGCUCGCCGGCCCAUGCAGGGUGCCGCUGGCCUCGCGUCGCCCGCGGCCCCCCUCAGGCCCCCGAGCCGCUGGAGCUGAGCAGCCUCGGCCCACCGCGGUCCAUGUAGCCCGCCGGUCCCGCGCGGACCCCGACCCGGCGCGCGCGUGUGCCCGGCCCGGCCCGGCGCGAGCUCCCCCAUGUUGCAGCCCUGCGGUGUCCCUUCGACGACAGGCUGUGCGCGCUCUGCACGGCGCCCCGCGGCGGAGCUUCAUGUGGGGCUGCGGCCCGCGCAGCCGGCGCCUCGCUGAGGGAACGGACCCCCGGUAACCGGAGACCGCCUCCCCUCCCUCCACCCCAGGCGCCAAAGGAUAUCGUAUGUUCAGGUCUAAACGCUCGGGGCUGGUGCGGCGACUUUGGCGAAGUCGUGUGGUUCCCGACCGGGAGGAAGGCGGCGGCGGAGGCGGCGGUGGCGACGAGGAUGGGAGCCUGGGCACCCGAGCUGAGCCUGCCCCGCGGGCACGAGAGGGCGGAGGCUGCGGCCGCUCCGAGGUCCGCUCGGUAGUCCCGCGGCGGCCCCGGGACGCGGUGGGACCGCGAGGCGCCCCGAGCGCGGGCCGGCGGCGGCGCGCGGGCGGCCCCCCGAGGCCGGAGCCGGGGGCCGGAGCCGGGGGUCCUCCACUGGGUGCGGGGGCGGAAGGAGGCCCGGGCCGGCUGCCCGAGAGCGACUGCGAGACGGUGACCUGCUGCCUCUUCUCCGAGCGGGACGCCGCGGGCGCGCCGCGGGACCCCGGCGAGCCCCCAGCGCGGCGGUCCCCGGAGCCCGAGGAGGGCGGCGGGCCCCGGGGUCGCGAAGCCCGCUCUCGGCUGCUGCUCCUGGAGCAGGAGCUCAAGACGGUCACGUACUCGCUGCUCAAGCGGCUCAAGGAGCGGUCGCUCGACACGCUGCUGGAGGCGGUGGAGUCCCGCGGCGGCGUGCCGGGCGGCUGCGUGCUGGUGCCGCGCGCCGACCUCCGCCUCGGCGGCCAGCCCGCGCCGCCGCAGCUGCUGCUCGGCCGCCUCUUCCGCUGGCCAGACCUGCAGCACGCGGUGGAGCUCAAGCCCCUGUGCGGCUGCCACAGCUUCGCCGCCGCCGCCGACGGACCCACGGUGUGCUGCAACCCCUACCACUUCAGCCGGCUCUGCGGGCCAGAAUCACCGCCACCCCCCUAUUCUCGGCUGUCUCCUCGUGACCAGUACAAGCCACUGGAUCUGUCUGAUUCCACAUUGUCUUACACUGAAACCGAGGCCACCAACUCCCUCAUCACUGCUCCGGGUGAAUUCUCAGAUGCCAGCAUGUCUCCGGAUGCCACCAAGCCAAGCCACUGGUGCAGCGUGGCGUACUGGGAGCACCGGACGCGCGUGGGCCGCCUCUAUGCGGUGUACGACCAAGCUGUCAGCAUCUUCUACGACCUACCUCAGGGCAGCGGCUUCUGCCUGGGCCAGCUCAACCUGGAGCAGCGCAGCGAGUCGGUGCGGCGCACGCGCAGCAAGAUUGGCUUUGGCAUCCUGCUCAGCAAGGAGCCGGACGGCGUGUGGGCCUACAACCGGGGCGAGCACCCCAUCUUCGUCAACUCGCCGACGCUGGAUGCCCCCGGAGGCCGCGCCUUGGUCGUGCGCAAGGUGCCACCGGGCUACUCCAUCAAAGUGUUCGACUUUGAGCGCUCAGGGCUGCUGCAGCACGCGGACGCUGCCCACGGCCCCUACGACCCGCACAGCGUGCGCAUCAGCUUCGCCAAGGGCUGGGGACCCUGCUACUCCCGACAGUUCAUCACUUCCUGCCCCUGUUGGCUGGAGAUCCUCCUCAACAACCACAGAUAGCAUCGCGGCUGCCACCGCGCCGCAGCGUCCCCCAACCUCCGGCGGUCAGCUCCCAGGGACGCCACCCCAGGGACAACCUCGCCCUCCCCCAGAUAUCAUCUACCUAGAUUUAAUAUAAAGUUUUAUAUAUUAUAUGGAAAUAUAUAUUAUACUUGUAUGGAGUCAUUUUUACAACGUAAUUAUUUAUAUAUGGUGCAAUGUGUGUAUAUGGAGAAACAAGAAAGACGCACUUUGGCUUGUAAUUCUUUCAAUACAGAUAUAUUUUUUUCUUUC